AAUCCCAAGCCUGACAUCUCAGUUAGGCCAAGUGGAGAGAAGUUAUCUUUCCAUGUAUUUUUGUUUUGAUUCAAGGUUCUGAGGUAGUGUGGUUUAUAGUACAAUGGGCUCGGUGAAUGUAAACCAUGAUGAGCUCAAUGGUAGAUCAGAGCAACCCGCGAGGCGCAAGAGUAGUAAGAGAAUUCUCGGUACCGUAUUGGCUUCUGUAUUGAUAGUCGGUGCCGUUAUCUUCCUCGCAGUUGGAGUUCAUGGGCAUGAUAAAGAGGGAGACAAUCAUGUGAGAACAAAUCAUUUGGGAUGGGGGAAUUCGACGUCAGAUGCCGUGAAAGAGGCGUGCAGCAGCACUCUUCAUCCUGAAUUGUGUGUCUCCAGUAUCUUAAGUUUUGGCGGGCUUUCCAGUCAAUCGGGUUCCACGGAGAUUGUGAAUGCUGCUGUGAGUGUGGGCGUUUUGGCGGUGGAGAAAGUGAUGGCCCACGUUCGCAGUCUUUAUCGCCCCGACCUCGACUUCACGCAGCGCACCGCUCUGCAAGACUGCAUGGAGUUGUUCGAUGACACUUUGGACCAGCUCAAUGGCACGCUAUCCCAUCUGCACAACAUUUCAUUUUGGUCCAUGCCAAAACACGGUGCUGAAAUGCAGACACUGCUGAGUGCGGCCAUGACAAACCAGUACACGUGCCUCGAGGGUUUGCAACUCUCCAAAGGAAAUCUCGAACAGGACAUGAAUGGUCCACUGAGCUACGUGUCGAAUUUGGUGAGCAAUUCUCUUGCCAUGGUUGGUAAUCUAUCUGACAAAGCAAAUCAAGCCCUGGGCCAUGCGGAUUCGCUUUCCAAUCGCCGGCGCCGUCUGUUGUCGGAGCAUUUCAUUGCAUCUGACGAGGAGGGUUUCCCGUCGUGGAUGUCGGCGGAAGAUCGACGGGUUUUACGGGCUCCUGCCCGUAUGAUCAGGAUUGACGCUGUGGUUGCCGGGGAUGGGAGCGAGCAUCAUAGUAGCAUUCAGGCGGCUGUGAAUGCAGCUCCUGCGAAGAGCAAGACGAGAUAUGUGAUCCAUGUAAAAGCAGGGGUGUAUGAGGAGAACGUGGAGAUACCCAAAAGCAAGCACAAUCUCAUGUUCAUUGGAGAUGGCAAAGGUGUGACCGUCGUUACCGGUAGUCGAAACGUUCAGGAUGGCUACACAAUGUAUCGUUCUGCAACUGUUGCUGUGAGAGGAACGCGAUUCAUUGCUCGCGACAUGACCUUCCAGAACACGGCAGGACCAGCCAAACACCAGGCGGUGGCCCUUCGCGUGGGAUCAGAUAUGUCGGCAAUCUACAGGUGUAGUAUUAAGGGAUUCCAGGACACCCUUUACGUCCACUCCCUUCGCCAAUUCUUCCGCGAUUGUGACAUCCAUGGCACUGUAGACUUCAUCUGUGGCAAUGCGGCAGUGGUUCUUCAGAACAGUAAUAUCCUGGCGCGUAGGCCGUUGUCACAGCAAAAAAUAACGUACACUGCUCAGAGCAGAGUGGACCCAAAUCAGAACAGCGGCAUCUCUAUUCACAACUGCAAGGUGACAGCAGACCCUGACUUUGCUGCCGUGAAAAGUUCGUUCGAGGCUUUUCUGGGAAGGCCAUGGAGACAAUAUUCUCGUACUGUAAUAAUGCAGUCUUACCUGGGUGAUUUCAUUCAUCCUGCCGGCUGGUAUGAAUGGACCGGAAACUUUGCAUUGGAUACGCUCUAUUAUGGAGAAUACAUGAAUGACGGCCCUGGCUCUCGUACUGCAAAUAGAGUAAAAUGGCGGGGCUACCAUGUCAUUACGACAUCGGGGGAAGCAAGCCGGUUUACUGUGGGUCAAUUCAUACAAGGAAAUUCGUGGUUGCCAUCUACAGGUGUUCAGUAUUCUUCAGGUCUUAUAUAAUUAACUGCAACGUAAGAAAUUGUGUGCGUAACUUAUAAGAAGUGUUUGCUUUCAUUUGAUUUGCCACCUUUAUAGUAUGUUCAGAGGUUAAUGUUUGA